GGCAACAGUGUUUGUUUAUUGACAAGUAGGCGAGGCUGAUGAGUGUUGAUGAGUCCCUCUCCCACCACGGUGACCUGACCCACGGUACUCAGGUGGGUACUGUGACGAGCCGCUGGCUCCUGGUCCCCUGGUAUGGUGGGGUGGUGGGUGCUACUGUGGUCCUAGAAUGUAUGACAAGAAAAAUGCACCAUAAGAGAUGGUGUCUUGGUGUGGUACUCUUGAGGGCCAUCGCAGCACUAGUAAUCUGGGGCCCUUUGGUAGGGGUUCUCCGAGGUGUAAAGGCCGUCGUGGCGUACAGUACCCAACGUGAUGCAGCGUAUGCUGAAGAAUCGGAUCCCAAGGCGUUAGAAAGUUUCCCUGAAUUAUGGCAGCGAAUAUUCAUUUGGGGAUUCUUCUCUUUGUUAUUUAUCCAUAUUGUCUCUGCCACCAUCGCAUUUUUGAUGCUCAGAAGACAUAAAUAUGGAAGGUUUUCAGCUGCCUGUAUUUUAAUAAUUGGCAUGUGCACCACAUUCUUCAUGUGCGCGGCCACCAGCGCCGCUGUGGGAUUUGUAUUAUAUCAGGCCAAGGUAUCUUUACAGCCUAUUCAUGCGAUGAUAUGUGGGAUAUCUCAGACAACGCUCUACAUCCUUAUCUCAUUUUCCCGAGUGAUGCCUACUCUAUAAGCGCCGCAACACUGGUGUUACAUUAUUGCAAGGCGUGAGGAGUAGUGAUAUUUGUUUUGCUUACUGAUACCUGUAUGUAUUACAGAAACUGCAUUUAUGAUGUGAUGGAAGAAAGUAAUUGUAAAUAAUAAAUUGGCCAGAAAUAUAUAUAUACUGUUAUGUAAAUAUACUCUCAAUAGAUUUUACUAACAAAAAUUAAUAAUCCUUUAUUUAUAAUAUGCAUUUGUAAUAUGUAUGUUGUUGAUGAAAAGGCAUGAAUGGAAUAUUAAUGUUUAGAAAGGAAGUUUUUGCCUGAUUAUACAGCAUUAAACGAUUAGAAGAGGAAGUUAAGAACUGGCAGUGCAUUAUCCCCCCACCUUUCAUGGCCUUGUAAAAAUAUCCAUACGGCUUGAUAAUAGUCCACGAUGGACAGAAAUGUCGUCGCUUUAAUUUCAGAUGUGUGGGGCUAAUUUAAUUUAAUUUCAGAUGUGUGGGGUUCAGAUGUUUCUAAUUUUCAGAAAGGAUACUGUGACUUAAUGUCUGCAUCUGAGUACCCAAUAAUGUGUCUUCUGUAUGUAGUUGCACAUUAGAGUACAUUCCAGUUGAAUGCAUAGAAGUCCAUCCACCACUGUUAUUCUUAAAAAAGCAGAUGGAAUGUUCACCAAAAAACAUGCAGAUUUAAAAUAUAGUAUAUUUUAA